ACGGCCAAAAAUCGUAUUUCGUCAUUUUUCAAAACAUUUCGACUAUAUAAAUGCACUCCGAAUUUCAAAUUCCUUCACAUACUAUUUUAUUUUAAAAUCUCGAAAUAUAUUUUCUUUUAAAAUAUUAUUAUUUUGCAAGAAAUGGAAUAUCUCAAAACAAGGAUAGUAACAAUGGAAUUACAAAUGGUGGAGAGGAGGAAUAUGUAGCGGUGGCUAACAAGAGAAAAAUGGUGGGAUGGGGUUUGUUUCUGCGUGCGGCAGCGGCGGCGGCGGCAGCGCUCAGCCUAGCUGCGGCGGUGGUUCUCAGCCUUGAUAACCAGACGACGAUGGUGGCGCUGCGGCGGGUGAUUGUUCCGGUUACGGCUAAGCGGCAUUACUUUUCCGCUUUUGUGCACUUUGUGGUGGCAAAUGCUAUACCAAGAGUGUGGACCGUGUGGUACCAUGUGGUGGUGGUGGUGGUUUCCGAUUUAGUGACGACGGCGUUACUAUUUUCGAGCUUCGGUGCCGCCGUGGCCGUCGGCCUCAUCGGCCGGGAAGGGAAUUCACACGUCCAAUGGCGGAAGGUUUGCGAUGUAUUCGAGAAAUUUUGGUGGUCGUUGCAACUUGCAAUCUUUAACCUUCACAACAAAAACUAAUUAAGUCCUCUUUAUUUGAAGAUUUAAUUAUGAUCAUGAUUGUAUUGUAGUUAUUUGUUGGUAAAUUAUACGUUUAUUUUCGAGUGUAAGUGUAUACUUUUCUUUUCAUCUUUUCAAUAUCUUUUUAUAAUAGUUUUUAAUUCCCUUUGCCCUUGAAA